AUGUCACAUAUAGACAUAAAUAAUAAAAGCAAUAUAUUUAAUGAAAAUUAUGAGGAUAGUGAUGAAGAUGAAUAUUUUGAAAUAAAGAGUAAAUUAGAAUAUUCAGAAGAUGAUAAUAAAGAUGAAAAUGGAGAUGAAGAAGAAGAAGAAGAAGAAGAAGAAGAAAACGAAGAAGAAAGCGAAGAAGCUGAAGAGGUAAAUGAAAAUUAUUUAUCAAAUGAAAAAUUAGAAGAAGAUAUAUUUAAUGAAAAUAAUUUAUUACAUGCUAUAAAAACUAGAGAAGUGUUAGAACAGGAAAUUUUAGUUCUUUUUCGUAAUAUGUUAAAAAAAGAAACAGUGCUAAAUAAAGAUGUGAAGAGUAAUUUAAAUGGAGAUUUAUCAUCAUUUAAAGAUGAUUCUGGGGAUAAAGAAUUGAAAGAAUUUGAAAAGUCUAAUUUAAAAAUAAAAAAUAAAGAUGUAUUUAACUUUAUAUACCAUAAAAUGAAUUUAAAUGCAAAGGAGAAAAAAAGAGAAGAGAAAAAUAAAGAAAAGCAAUUAAUGGAGGAACAGAUUGUAAAAUGUAAAAGUAUUGAAAAUAUAGAAAAAGAUCAUUAUAUAUUAGAUACCAAUGUAGUAAAUAUAUUAAAUGAUAUUAAUACAUAUUUAAAAAGAGAAAGAGAAUAUUUGAAUAGAAAAAUUGGUAAUUAUAUUGAUUCUACUUUUAAAAAUCCAAUGUAUGUAACUUUGUAUAUUUUUAAUAAUCAAGUAUUAAAAGACACCAUAUUGCAAAUAAUAAAUAUCAUUAAAAAUGAAUUCGAUAAUGCUAUUUAUAAAGAUAUUGAUGAAAAUUUAUUAACAAAAAAUAUCUUAAUUUUAAUAAAUUAUUUAACUGCUAGACCAAGUAAAGAAUGGUUUGAAUAUUGGCAAAGGCAUAUGCCUACAUUUAAUAAUAAAAAAAGUGAUUUCAAUGUUUACAAUUAUCUACAAAUAGAAAAAAAUGAAAGAAAAAUAUUUUCUAAUGCUUUAAAAAAUGAUAUAUACAUAAAAGAAUUGCAAAAAAGAUCUAAUAUAAUAGAGCAAUAUCAAAAAGGCUUACAAAGUUUAAAAUGUUUAUUAUCUAAUAAAAAUUUUUUAAGUAUUUUGAAUGAAUUCAGAUAUAACUGCCAAUUAUUUAUAGAUGCUGAUUAUAGAGGUAUUGAAGAAAAUGAAAAAGUAGUUGAAAUGCAAAGAAAAGAAAAUGAAUUAAUUGAAGAAAAAAAAAAAUUAAAAGAAGAGAUGGACUCUUACAGGGAACAGUCAACAGAGGAUGAAACAAAUGAAAGUGAUAUAAAUGAAAAUGAUUCAGGUAAUGAAACUGAUUUAAAUAAUGAAGAUGAAUUAAAUGAUAAAAAUAAUAUUAAUAAAAAUAAUUUAGAUAAUGUAAAUAAUUUAGAUAAUGUAAAUAAUUUUGAUAAUGAAAAUAAUAUAGACAAUGAAGAUAAUUCGAUUAAUGAGAAGGUUAAAAAGAAAAAAAAAAAAAAUAUUAUAAAAAAUAAAAUCAUGAAUAUUAAAAAGAGAGUACAUCAUAUAAAUAACGAAUUACACGACAUUUCCAAUUUUUUUUUAGAAGAUAAGAGAAAAAGAGAAAAGUUAAUACAUGAAUACAAUCAAAAUAUAUGUUUGGUUAGAAGCAUAUUAUCGCAAGUAUUGGGAAUAAGAAAUACUAGAUCAACCAAAGAUAUUAAUUUAAAUAAUGUUCAUUAUGCCAUAUUACAAAAUAUUUUAGAUAAACAUAGUUCUUUGAAUUUAAUAGUUGAUGAAAUGAUACAUUUAUUUGAAAAAGAUAUAAAAAAAUAUGAAAAUGAAAAGAAUAUACAUAUACCUUACCUAAGACAAAAUACUAUGAAAGAAAUAUGGGAAUAUGUUAGGCUGUUUUAUAAUGUUAUAUGUUAUAUAGAUCCAAUUGAUUUAGUGAAAUCAUUAACUAAUCAAAAAAAUAAAGUUAGAAAUGUAAGUUAUAAUAAUAUGAAUGAUAAAAAGGAUAUAAUUGAUAUAGAAAAUAUACAAAAAAAAAUGAAUGAAACAAAAAGAAUUAGUUUAAAGGGCGAUAUAAAAAGAAAAAGUAUUCCUAAUAAUAAUAAAAGAAAUAGCUUUUUAAAUGAAAAAAAAAAAAAUUUAAUGUUAAUGCAUUUAUCAAGAAUAAAUCCAUUAUUAGCUAAGGAAAAAGUAAGGAAGCCCAAUGAAGAAAAACACAUGAGGAAAAGAAAAAAAAAAUUUAUAGAAAGGAAAAACUUAAUAGAUCAUUAUGAAAACUUUUCUUUUGAAGAUUUGUCGUUUAAUAUAUUUUCAGAAGAGAGUUCUUUUAAAAAAUAUAAUAUAUUAGAUAUAUUUGAUCAUGCUAAUUUAUAUAAAGUACAAGAGUUUUUAAAUAGUAUUAUAGGAAUAAAUGAAGAAUUUGAAAAUAUUUAUGAUAAUGAUGAUGAUUUUAAUUAUUCUCUAAAGGUUUUUUUAAAUAUAUGUAUAAAAGAUUUAAGAAGGUGUAUAAUGGAAUAUUACAAUUAUCAGUGGGAUAUUAAAAUAAUUUUAAACAUUCAUGCAUGGAUAGUUACAUACUACACAAAUUAUUAUAUAUAUGAAAAUAAAAAAAGAUUACAUAAUUCUAGAAAAAAAAAUUGGAAACGAGAAGUAGAAGAAAAAGAAAAGGAGGAAUGCUUCAAUAGAAAUCAAAAUGAUUAUAAAAUGGAGCAUGAAAAUGCCUUAUUUAUAUCAAGAAUUCAAAUGUUAUUGGGAAUGCAGAUGUAUAUAGGUGAUAACAGUAUACAUUCAGAAUUUCUAUGCGAAACUUUUCAACGUUUAAUAAGGGAAGAAAAAAUGAGAAAAAAUAGUAGUAAAGUAAUUUUAUGUUGUCUAAGAUGCUUGUUUUCUGAUUUAAAUUUAAUUGAUAUACAUUCAUUAUCAACUGAUGAUAAUGUUAAAUCUAUUUGUAAAUCAUCUCUAGAUAACUUCUUAAAGAGAAAUAUCCUAAAUACAUUAAGUUGGAUACUCAAAAAUUUUAAAAUCAUGAGCCAUGAGAAAAAUAUUUUUAUAUAUUCUUUAAAAUGCUGUUUGUUAAUAAUACAUUUAUUAGAAAAACUAGGUGGUAGUACAUUUAUUGUAAAAGAAAAUAAAAAAAUUUAUGAUGAAGAUGAAGAAUAUGAAAAUGAUGAAAAAAUAAAAAGUAAUAGUUGUGAUGAAAAUUAUUAUAAUGAUUCUAUGGAAAAAAUUGUUGUUUCAGAUUUAAUUGAUGAAAUUUAUAGUGGCAAAAUAGUAAAUAUAUGUAUGCAAAUUUUAGAAAAUUUUAAAAGAAAUAGCAUAUAUAUAAAUGACUUAAUCAUUACCUAUUUUGAACAUUUAAUAAAACACAAAAAUAAUGAAUAUAACUUUUUAAUAUUUUUUGAUAUAAAAUAUUUUUUAAUUUUUAAAGAAAUUAUUAAUGAUGAAGAAUGCUAUACGAAUCCUCAUUAUUACUGGAUCGCUGGAUUUUUUGAAAAUAUAAUUAGCUGCUUUUUUAAGUUAUGGAAUACUAAUUAUUUUAUAGCUACUGAAUUAUUUUUUAGUAAAGAUGUUAAUAAAAAUAUUUCUAGUUUAUUAAAUGAAAAGUAUAUGUUAUCGAUUUUUAGUAAUUAUAAUGAAGGAAAUGAUAAUUUUAUAUACAAUGAAUUAAAUAAAGGGGUACAUAUAAAUGACAUAUUUAUUGAAUUAAACAGUCGAAAAAGAUUAGAAGCACUAGAAUGGUCAAAGGAAGAUAUCGAAAAUUUGAAAAUUUAUUUUAAACAAUUUAAGCAUAUGCAUAACUUUUUGCCUUUUAUUAGUGAGAUGUUAAAUAAAUCAACAAAUACAGUAAAAAAUCAAUUGAUUUAUUUAAAUUAUAUUGACAAAAGAGGAAAUGUAAUAGAUGAAAAUGAAUAUUUAUCUUCUUCUUCUUCUUCUUCUUCUUCUUAUUCUUCAUCUAGAAGUUCUUCUGUUAAAUCUUUUUUAUCUAAAGAAAAAUCUCCAUUAAAAAAAAGUGAAAAGAUGGAAAGUGAAGAGGAAAAAGAGGAAUAUAUAAAAAGAAAAACAAAGCAGCCUUUACUUUAUACUAUUUAUAAACUAAAAAAAUUAAAUGAAAAUAAAGAUGUUUCUAAUUUAACUAAUAAUGAAAUAAAUUGUAAUGUUGAUAAUGUUUUAGAGGAAAUAAAUACCAAUCUAAAAUCAUUGUAUGAGUUAAAGAAGUUAUCAAAAAAUAAAUUUUUCUCUCAUAAAGCAUUGGUUUUUGAUAUUCCAUUAAGCAUAUCUUCUGAUUUAUUAGAACAUCAUUAUUUUAAAAAAUUAUUAAAAUUAAUAGGAUUUCUUUAUAAUGAAAAUGCUGAUGAGUGGGCAUUAAAUGAAAAUUUAGACAUAGAAGUUUUUAGUAAAAUGGUUGAUAAAUUUGAUGAACUACAUCAAUUAUCACUAGAAGAAUUACAAAAUAAACUUUAUAAUAUAAGUAAGAAAAAUAAUGAUGAUGAGCAAGGAGAGGAAUGUGAUGAAGAAAAAAAUGCAGAAGAAGAAUUUAAUGAAUAUAAAAAUCAGGAUGAGACUAAAGAAUUUAAUACAUCUGAGAAAGAAAAAAAAAGUAACAGAAAUGAAUUUUUGAAUGAGGAAGAAUUACAUAUGCUUCCAUCUCCUAAAUUAAAGGGAACUUUUAAACUAUUGAAAUUAAUGUAUGAAUUUUUUAUAUGUAACAAUGAUGAAUGCAGAUUAUUUUUUAAUAACUUAAUAAAUAUAAUUGAAGAAAAAUGUAGUAUUAUAUUUGAAAAAAAAAAGAAAAAUGAAAAUUUGAUAGGAAUAAAAACAGAUAAUUUUAGAGAUGUUGAAAAUAAUAAUAAUGAUGAAGAAAAUUCGAACAAUACUACUUUUCUAAAUAAUGAUAAUGGAUUUAAUAAUUUAAAUUUGGAAAAUUAUAAAAUAUAUUUAGAUGAAAAUCAAAAAGAGAUUCUGAAAACCUGUUAUAAUAAAGACGUUUUUGAAAAUUUAUUGGAAUAUUUAGGAAUUUAUAUUUCAAAAUUUCAGCAUUUAAUUAUUUCAAAAUAUAUAAAUGAUAAAGAUUUUUUUGAAAGAAUUAAAGUAAUUAAUAAUUAUAAGACAUUAGGAAUACAGGAUAUAGAAAAUAUAAUAAACAAAAAAGAAGAAGAAAUAAGGGAAAAAAAGAAAAAAAAAAAAGAUAGAAAUCCUUCUCCAAAUCAGAAAUUUGAAUUCAUAAAAAGUGUAUGUGAAUAUUUAAAUCAAAAAUAUUUAAAUAAUUUAGCAAGUCAGGAUAAAUACAAUCAAACAAAUUUAAAAGAAAUGUAUUUUGGUGAUGAUAAUAUAUUAACAUAUAUUUAUGAAAAAUUGAAUUCAUGGAAUAACAAGAGAAGUAAAAAAAAUGAUACAGAUGAUUUGAUUUUAGCCAUAAAUGAUAUAAUAAAGAGUGAAUAUACUAUAAAUAGUAAUACGAAUUAUGAUGUUUUAAAUAACAGUACUAAAAGUAAUAGUAUGGAUUUUUUAUUUCCUUUUGUUGAGAAAAUAUGUUUAUCUUUAAAAGCAUUACAUAAAAAUGAGUUAAGCAUGACUUGGGAAAGUGCUGAUGUACAAAAAGAAUGGUUAAAAAUUAUGUUAAAAUUAUUUUAUAAUAUUUUGUUUGAUAAUACAUAUAAUACCUUAGGAAAGUUAUUUAAAGAAUAUAAAAAUAUAAAAGAGAUUUUGAAUGAUGAUUCAUCUGAUUUCUUAGAUAUAAAAAAAGUUAGUAAAAAAAAUAUAAAAAAAGGAAAAAAUUUAAAUGAAGCAGAUGAGGAAAUAAACGAACAUGAAAAGGAGGAAAAUAAAGAAGGGGAAAAAGGAGAUAAGGAAGAAGAAGGAGAAGAAAAAGAAGAAGGAAAGGAUAGAAAAGAAAAAGAAGAAGAAGAAGAAGAAGAAGAAGAAGAAGAAAAGGAUAGAAAAGAUGAAAAAGAAAAAAAAGAAGUAUAUGACAUAAAUAAAGAGGAAAAUAAAGGAAGGGAAGAGUAUAUAUAUGAUUCUGAAAAAUUAAUUAGUUUUAAAAAUAAAGCAGAUAAAGAAAAAAAUAAAGAUGAAGUGAAGGAUUCGUUUCUUUAUUCUGAAAAAAUAAAUUUGAUUAGCAAAGAAAAUGAAAUUAAUGAAAAUAACUUAAAGAGAGAAUUAUCAAAUAAUAUAAAAGAUAUUUCAUCAUAUGAAGUGAAUAAAGACAAAAACUUUGAUUUUCCACAAAAAAGGAAAAUAUGUGAUACAGUAAUAGAAGAUUAUUCUCAUUUCUUUAAAAAAAGAAAACUAGAAAAUACUUAUAUAAAUACAUAUAAGAAAAAUAGAAAAAUUAUUAUUGACUCCAUAAUGAAAAAUAAAAAUAUUUUUCAAUAUAAAGAAAACGACAUUAUCGAUAAAGUAAAACAAGUUUUCAUCAUGGCUAAACAAAUGGCUACUAAUGGGGAAUUAAGAAAUCGUUGGAAAUCCAGAGACGAUGUUAAAAGAAUACUUUUAUUAUGA